AUAUGAUUUAUUAAUUUAGAUGGGGUUCAGAUAGGAAGUCAGUCGCUGUGCUGUGAGAGAGAGAUACAUCGACGUUACGCUUCUUCAGACGGAGGGAGUCAGAGCGACUGCUGGUUUCGAGGCGGGAGGACACAUGGGUCGACACCACAACCUUUAAUUUUUGCUCUAAUGUGUGUGUUAAAUACGACAAGGAAUCCGAUAUGAACACUUACGGGCUUUCCAGCGUCCACUCCUGACGUUCCUGCGCGUCUGUGUUUUGCUUCUUGGAUUUGGGGAGACGUUUCGCGUUAUGUUCAGUGCUGAAAACGGGACUGCGGACGAUAUUUUAUUCGCUUAUUCGCGUCUCAUGUGGACUUCUUAUCAGUGAGUCGCGUGUCAAACAUCGCAUGACAAUGCGAGUUGUUGUUUUGUUAGGAUUUUGACGCGAGUGCGGUCAUUUGAGUAGUAACUUAACAUGUCGGAUUGUUUUUCGUCGUUUUGUGCGUCUUUAUCACGAAUUUUCUCCCUCCGUUAAUUCUCUGGACUGCUCCAUUCGGGCUAUUCGUUCUUAAUCUGCAUGCAUCCGCACGAAGAAGCAGAAACCGACAGAUAAACGACUGGAGGACUGAAGAAUGAAUGAGAUUCACUGAAGAACAGGAGGAAACGCAGUAAGAUUCUCCAUCAGUGAGAGGGCGUGAGGGAAGGAGUGCCCUGCAUUCAAGCUCCCGCUGACCGCACUCCCCCCACCUCCCUUCGCUCCGUCCACAGCAUGGCUCUCGCUCUCUGGAUCCUCUUUACCUGCACCAUCUCCCUGAGCAAUGUCAGCCCCUCUGCCCAGGCGUUAAGUCGCUCUGCAAUGCCAUUUGGUCUGAUGCGGAGGGAGUUGGCAUGCGAGGGUUACCCCAUCGAGCUCCGCUGCCCCGGCAGUGAUGUCAUCAUGAUCGAGACAGCCAACUACGGUCGCACGGAUGACAAGAUCUGUGACGCCGACCCCUUUCAGAUGGAGAAUGUACAGUGCUACCUGCCAGACGCCUUCAAAAUCAUGUCACAAAGGUGUAAUAAUCGGACUCAAUGUGUGGUGGUGGCUGGUUCUGAUGUUUUUCCUGACCCCUGUCCAGGAACCUACAAGUACCUGGAGAUCCAGUAUGAAUGUGUGCCAUACAUCUUUGUAUGUCCUGGGACUCUAUUAAGGGUGCAGGCAGCAAGUUUGCUGCAGGAGGCGGAGCAUCAGUCGGGGGCAUGGUGUAAGGAUCCGCUCCAGUCUGGUGACCGUCUUUACGUCAUGCCCUGGACUCCAUACCGCACAGACAUGCUGUACGAGUAUGCUUCAUGGGAAGACUUCAAGCAGAAUCGAGCCACGACCACUUACAAGCUGCCAAAUCGUGUGGAUGGAACAGGCUUUGUCGUGUAUGAUGGUGCUGUUUUUUACAACAAGGAACGCACACGCAAUAUUGUGAAAUAUGACUUGCGCACACGUAUCAAGAGCGGAGAAGCCAUAGUCAAUAAUGCCAACUAUCAUGACACCUCACCGUACCGCUGGGGGGGCAAGUCUGAUAUUGACCUCGCAGUGGAUGAAAACGGUUUAUGGGUCAUCUACGCUACCGAGGCCAACAAUGGACGACUUGUGGUCAGCCAGGUUAACCCCUACACUCUGCGCUUCGAGGGAACCUGGGAGACAAGCUUUGAUAAGCGACUAGCAUCCAAUGCUUUUAUGGCGUGUGGUGUUCUAUAUGCUGUCCGCUCUGUUUAUCAGGACGACGACAGCGAAGCAGGUGGAGAUCUGGUGCUGUAUGCGUACAAUACCAACCGAGCACGGGAAGAGCCCGUCCACAUCCCCUUCCCCAACCCCUACCAGUAUGUCUCCUCUGUGGAUUACAACCCACGAGACAAUCAACUUUAUGUCUGGAAUAACUACAAUGUGCUGCGUUACCCCCUAGAGUUUGGCCCACCGGAUCCCACUGCUGGUCCACUCGUCCCCACUCAGAUGAGCAGCAGCACCACCACCGCAGCCAGACCUGUCACUUCUAGCUCCAUCCCCUCAACCAUGCGACCUCUGCCCCCAACCGCUCACCCAAUAGGGGCCAUCAACAAGGCACCAGACCUGCGACCUAUCACCGCCACUGUGCCGGUGACUCGCAGACCCCUGCGCGUCCCACCACAGGGUCCCGAGCUGCAAGUGUGCGAAGCCAGAGUAGCCCGAGGGGUGCAGUGGCCUGCCACCCAGAGGGGGGAGACUGUAGAUAGGCCGUGCCCUAAAGGAUCACUGGGCAUUGCAUCCUUUCAGUGCCUGUCCUCUCCUGUGCUGUGGAAUCCUCGCGGCCCUGAUCUAAGUAACUGCACCUCGCCGUGGGUCAACCAGGUGGCCCAGAAGAUAAAAAGCGGAGAGAACGCUGCAAACAUCGCUGCUGAGCUGGUGAACCACACGCAGGGCCGCAUUCACGCCGGUGAUGUCAGUUCCUCUGUCAGACUCAUCGAGCAGCUAUUGGAUAUAUUAGACGCACAGCUGCAAGCACUCAGACCCGGGAAUAAGGAAUCGGCAGCCAGGAACUACAAUAAGUGGCAGAAGAGAGAGAGGACCUGCCGGGCUUAUGUUCAGGCAGUUGUGCAGACGGUGGAUAAUCUUUUGCGUGCCGAGGCUUUAGAGUCAUGGCAGGACAUGAACAAUACGGAGCAGGCGCACACCGCUACCAUGCUACUGGACGUCAUGGAGAAAGGAGCCUUCCUGUUGGCCAAUAACAUGUACAAUAGUCACUUCUCAGACCACGCUGCCAAUGUCGAUCUAGAGGUGCGUGUGUUGAACACAGAGACAGAGUCUCAAGAUUUGUCAUUCCCUCAGAACGGUCCCAGUGACAGCAGCAUCCAGCUCUCGGCCUCCACCUUCAAACAGUACAGCCGCAACGGCCAGGUAAAAGUGGUCUUUGUACUCUAUAAGAAUCUGGGUUCGUUCCUGUCCACUGAAAACGCCACCGUGAAGAUGGAAAUGGAGGCGGGGCCUGGUGGGCGGGGCCUGGCAGUGAAUUCACACGUCAUCGCAGCGUCGAUCAAUAAAGAGUCCAGUCGAGUGUUUCUGACCGAGCCUGUGGUGUUCACACUUAGACAUUUACAGCUGGAGAAUCAUUUCAGCCCAAACUGUUCAUUCUGGAACUACUCCGAGCGUUCGAUGACGGGCCAGUGGUCUUCUCAGGGCUGCAGGCUGAUGGAAACCAACAGCACGCACACAACUUGUUCUUGUAGCCAUCUAACCAACUUUGCCGUGCUCAUGGUACACCACGAACCCGACUAUCCAGGCAGGAUGCACGAGUUGAUCCUCUUUGUGAUCACAUGGGUGGGUAUCGUCAUUUCGCUGGUGUGUCUCGCCAUCUGCAUCUCCACCUUCUGCUUCCUGCGAGGCCUGCAGACCGACCGCAACACCAUACACAAGAACCUGUGCAUCAACCUCUUCAUCGCUGAGCUCCUCUUCCUCAUCGGCAUCGACAAGACGCAGUACCACAUUGCAUGCCCCAUUUUUGCGGGUCUGCUGCAUUUCUUCUUCCUGGCUGCAUUCUCCUGGAUGUGUCUGGAGGGAAUCCAGCUGUAUCUGAUGCUAGUGGAGGUCUUUGAGAGCGAAUACUCUCGAAAGAAAUACUACUACCUGUGCGGCUACUGCUUUCCCGCCCUGGUGGUGGGCAUCUCGGCAGCCAUUGACUACCGCAGCUACGGGACUAAGAAAGCAUGCUGGUUGAGGGUGGAUAACUACUUCAUCUGGAGUUUUAUCGGCCCUGUGUCCUUCAUUAUCAUGUUGAACCUGGUGUUCCUCAUGAUAACACUUCACAAGAUGGUCCGUAACUCAUCCGCCCUCAAACCUGACUCCAGCCGCCUGGACAACAUCAAGUCCUGGGCUCUGGGGGCUAUCGCACUGCUCUUCCUCUUGGGUCUGACCUGGGCCUUCGGCCUCCUCUUCAUCAAUGAGAACACCGUCAUCAUGGCGUAUCUUUUCACCACUUUUAAUGCCUUCCAGGGCAUGUUCAUCUUCAUCUUCCACUGUGCUCUGCAGAAAAAGGUACAUAAGGAGUACAGCAAGUGCCUGCGUCAUUCUUACUGCUGCAGUCGCACCUCCACCACGAGCUCUCAUGGAUCGCUGAAGAAUUCUGCCCUUCGUGCCAACAACCGCUACUACACCGGCAGCCAGGCACGUCAUGCAGCGGUACACAGACAGAGUCGAAUUCGUCGCAUGUGGAACGACACGGUGCGAAAGCAGACAGAAUCGUCCUUCAUGGCUGGAGACAUCAACAGCACUCCCACUCUAAACCGUGGUACAAUGGGGAACCAUCUUCUGACCAACCCCGUGCUGCAAACCCGUACAGGAAGUUCACCCUACAACACACUGCUGGCUGAGACGUUUACCCCUCCCUCACCUGGGGUCUUCAACUCUACUGGAACUUUCCGUGACCCAAAGAGCACACUGUCUAAGAACCGAGAUCACGGAGGCAUGGAGACGCUACCUCUGAACGGGAACUUCAACAACAGCUAUUCUCUGCGUAGUGUCGGGGGUUCGGGAGCUCCCGGGGGCAGCUGUGACUUCCUGGGAGGCGGCGGUGGAGAUAGCCCCCCUCCCCUGCUCAACCCCCGCGGUUCAGAAACUCUUGGCGGCAUACGGAGAAACCUCUCGGACGCAGCGGCGUUCGAGAAGAUGAUCAUAUCGGAACUUGUGCACAAUAAUCUACGAGGCGGUGGAGGGGCUGGGGGCGCUGACAGAACAUGUGGCAGCCUGGUCAGAGGACAUGGGCACAUGGGAAUGGGACGGGGCAGAGGCGGGGCAGAGCCAGCAAUAGGCAUGGAGGACGAUGAAGACUUUCGUUCUAGAGAAGCGCGUCAGCGCACGCCACAAGACGUGGAACUGCUUUACAAGGCUCUGGAGGAGCCCCUGCUCCUGCAGCGUGCCCAGUCCGUGCUCUACCAGAGCGACCCCGAUGAGUCCGAAAGCUACACGGCCGACCUGACCGAAAGUUUGGGCCACAGUGGUCACAGCGGCCAAAGCGCAGCAGGCCAGGGCCACAACGGAGCCCCCGAUUCGCCUGCGCGGGACUCCCUCUACACCAGCAUCACCAAUCUGAGAGAUUCGCCCUACCCCGACAGCAGCCCAGAGCCUCUAGAGGUGGUUCCGCGCUCGGCUCAGCCUCCAGAGGAGCUGUACUACAGCUCAGGUCGGCCCGCCAUAGGCUCCCGCGGAGCCCCCAUGCAGACCUUCUACCAGGCUCCACCUAGGAGACCGAGCACUGAAGCCCACCCCGCCCCUGAGCCCCCUCACAGUGAGGGAGAUGGACAGAUGCAGCUGGUCACAAGCCUGUGACCACGAGAAAGAGGUGGAGGAGGAAGAGCGCCACAGGGUCUGAUGCAAAGUGCCGAUGGCGAUGAUGGACUCCUCUCCUGUCUCUGACGCCCUCCUUAUGUCUGGUUGCCUUUUUGCUCUUUCAUUUGCUUUGAAGUAAGAGGUAAGGAAAGCCUAAACAGGGAGAGCGACAGAGAGGUUUGUCUCCAUGGCAGCAGGCUCUCUGAAGUGCUGUGUAACCACUCUGCUCUCUCAUCAGCAUCAUUUUCUCCUCCCUCCUCGCGCACACACAUAGAGAAAGAGCAAGUCCAACUAUCUGCCUUCUCUCAAUGGAUGUCUCUGCCUUCAGCUCACUCUGCUCCAAAAAUAUCGUCAAACUUCACACCGGGCUUCUAUUUCUGUGUUUUAUUUCAAGUCCUAUCUUUAAAAUGUUACUUUUGCGUAACUCCUUACCUUCGCUUUCCUUUCUCCAUCAUUAUUUGAUGAGAGCUGUUACGUGAGGAAAUGGGGGUAUGCCAUUAUAUUGCAAGUGACAAAAAUCUCUCUGAAAGCUCUUCAGUGUUGCCAAAAAUAACUGUUUUUGAGCCAGGACACAAACUGGAAUCUACACACGCGCGCGCGCACACACACGCACACACUCACAGAAGUGCUUGUUACUGAACAUCAAGAGUGUGAACAUAUGCUCAUGAAAAAGGAAAACAAGGACUAUUGUUCAGACACAGGUAGCGGGAAGCUGCCUCAGUGGAGUUGCCUUUAUUUCUCUCUCUGAACUGACUCUUCUGUAUAGAACAACCACAGAGACUGGGAACGAGGGGGACGUUAGGACACAACCCAUCAUCAGCUGGGUCAUUUGAAGCCUCUCGGCCAUGGGACCUCUCGUGAAUGAAACUCUGUAGGGUUUCGUCUCUGAUCCACAGACAGGGGGUGGAUUAAGGACUGAACCUGCUCUCCGAAUCACUGAUGGAUGUUGUAGGUGGACGUGCUGUAUCACCUGUGUUAUUGUGGCUAGAAGAAUUUUUUUGCUACCGCUCCAGCCAUUCUUCGAGUCCGACCUCUGUACAUACGAACCACACGGAAGCGAAAGCAAGUCUUACUCUACUCGUCUCCUGUACAUAGAAGAACAAAAGCAACAAAAAAGUAUCAAAUACUACGAAAAACAGUUCUUGUACUGCAACAGAAAUCAAAAAUAAAGAUGUUUUGAAGUUUGUGACCCAAACACUACGCCAUUCUCUCCCUCUCUCUUUCUUUCGCUCUCUCCGGCCCUCGUUCGGUCCUGCCCUGGAGCCCCGCGGUGCCAGGAAAUCUAAUUGUCUGCCAAGAGACAGCGAGAGAGAGACAGAAAGAGAAGGAUUUUACAUACAAACGAGAUAAAUCCUGGCACAAUUUUUAUGUAAUAUAACCCAUUACAUUGUUGGUAAUGUUUGACCUUCAACAUUCCCAGACAGGAAGCGCUUGACAUGAAUGGAAGGGGAAUGCACUGUGCCUCAGGGGCACACUGGUGCAUUGUGGGUUGAUUGACAGCAGCCAUGAUGUAGUGUUGGUUAUAUUUUAUCUGGAAGAUGUAAUAGAUAUCAGACGACUAGAUGAAUAGAAUAUAAGAUAUUUAGGUGAAAAAAAAAAAAUCAGGGGGCACAUUCGGAAAAGUUUCAGUCGCAAACCCUAGAUUGUAUUUGACUGUUUUUACAUACCAAUAUCAGCUGUUGUUUCUGAACCUGGUGUGACAGUUGAUUUACAAUUUGUAUGUGUAUGUCUGAACGUGAACAUUUGGAUGCCUGCGAACCAGAGUACGUAUGUGUGCGAGUGUGUAUCUCAGAGGCUAUUUUUAUUGGGUUAGAUGGACCCGCAUUAGAAGAACAGGAAGCAGAGUAAAUCUAUAUCUAUAUAAGAGCUCAGUAUAAGCUUCCAUCUAAAAGACUUUGUUAAAGGUAUUUUAAAUGUUGUUUUUUUGCCAGUCAGGUAAAAUGGAAACUGAGGUUUAGAACAAAAAAACAAAACAGGUUUAGCAUUCAUUGAGCAACAGGAACAUCUGACCAAUGAGACACAGCCUCUGUGGUUUAGAAUCCCCAUAUGCAAAUGAGCUGCAUAGCCUAUUGAACAAAAGAGAGGUAUUCAUGAGUGCUCCGCCCCUCUGAAGUCUGCUCAAUCUUCAAGUCUUUCAUGUCUGAUGUUUUAUUUAUUAAUAUUUAUUUGUCUGUUUUGAUUAUGCACAUAUUCAUUUAUUCAGUGUGGUUUUCAUUCUGUGUACAAAGCAUAUGUGAGGGUGACGAGAGUGUGCUGUUCUUCGAAAAGCAUACUAGCAUACUACUCUUGCUGCAGUAUAUAUGAUGUAUUCUUUGCACGGUAUGCAAAUUUUCUCUCAUAUUACCUAGUAAAUUUUGCCAGAAUGAGUGGUAAACAACAGAAGAUGAAUUCGGUAUGGCAUAGCAUUCUUAAUAUUUCUGCCAUAAUAAGAAAUAUUAAGAGUAGAAUGCUAAUAAAUAGAAUUCAGCCAGUAUAAAUUAUUUUGUCCCACAAUUCAAAGUGGUUUACUUGAUCUUUCAUUUCCAAUUUGAUGGAUGAACCGAAAAUAUUGCCUGUAAUUUUUCAUUUUUAAAUUGGAUUGGACUGCCAAUAGCAAAGAUGCUCUAUUUGCCAAAAACGCUUUUGUUUCUAGUUUUUAUUAAAUAUUAUUCACUGAAUGAUCCAACAUGAUGAGGUCAUGUGACAACAGUGAAGCAUGUUUGAAAUGUUUAUUGUGGAACAUCUGUCACUAUUUAGAAAAAAUAAAUACACUGAAUACUAUGCAGUAAGUAAUAAGCUAGUAUGCCAUUCCAAAUAUAGCCAUAUAGAGAAAGAGAGAGAUCAGGGGUGGGUAUCCAUGUUUAAUGUCAGAGGAAGAGGUGAUGUCAAAACUACACAAGUCUGCAGCUGGUUUAGAGAAGGUCUGCUGCACCCACUGUCAAAUGUGGAGAACAUUGUGCAUCCCGAAUCAACAUCCUAUCAUUCAAUCCAAGCACCAUCUGCACUCUCUCUUUCUCUAUCUCUCACUCCUGUAAGUCUUCUAAGGGGACGUGUGUGCAAUCCAUUGCAUGGUAACUUGUACUGAUUGACACAGGGUCAGUAUGUUCACCGGUGUGCUGUGGUUAGUACACCCGGUCCUAUAUUUAGCCCGAGGCAUGUAUGAUCAGCUUUUCUUUAAAGCAAUGACCUGAACAUUUUUUUUUUUUUACUUGCUUUUCUUGCAAAAAUGUUCCAUGUUGAUGAGUAGGACCAGCUUCAACUGGUCAGCAGGUUUGACCGUUUGAAUGUAUUGUCAUACACCGUUGUGAACUGGCUCUUAGAGCUUAGGAUGCCCUCUAAGGAGAUCUGCUCCUGACUCAUGGCCCUCUGCCCACCUGGCACCACAUCGCUGCUGUUUUACCCCCUUAUACCCUUCUGCACCGGCCCGCGGGAGAGGCUGUUUACCUCUCUCCCUCCAUCCCUGGAGACGUCCUAUGUGCGUCACGUUUUGUGCAUCUCUCCUUUUUGUGCCCUUGCUCGUUUUUAUUUCCCAUCUACCCUUCUUCCUCGUUCCCCCUCCUAUACCGUUCUCUCCAUUCCCACUUAGCUCACCGAAAUAUUUUUACAUGGCUUUCCUAGCUGAGCAUUAAUGUGGGAAGAUUUGUUAUGUUAGUCAAAGGCUUUGUUUACAUGGGACUGAAGGGAUAAUAUAGUACAGUGUUGAAUAUGGUGAUAAUGACAGUGAUUAUGCGCUGUAGUAAACUGCUAGACUAAAGCCUGCUCCGAGGGACUGCUACCACCUCCAAAAUCCCCAUACAACCCCUGAUUAUCAUAAUAAUACUAAGAGCUAUAAUCUAGCGGAGUCAACCCACCAUGCUCCCGCUCUCUGGGUUUCUCCCUUUGUCUUUCCCCCCUCUCGCUCUUUGAGAGCACUUGUGUUCGCUGUUCUUUAGAUAUGAAAGGAGUCACCCUGAUCCGCUCUCCAUAUCGGCCUCGUUUUCAUGUCUUCACAUUCAAAUGGAGAGGCAAAGAGUGCAUGAGUAGACACCGGAUGACUAGGCCCAGACAGAAUCUGCUGCUUUUUUUCCCCAUUUUUAUGCAGAAUGAGUUUAAGCUCAGAGUGCUACACUUUUAUUGGUAGCUGAAAGAAGUUUUCCAAAAUAUGAAAAGAACCCCUGAAAUCGCUUGACGAAUACAGAUUUCUUUCCUAUUUCAAAUUUCAUUUUGACACAAGAAGUUCGGUCUGGAUAUAUCCACCAUUUUUAUAUAACCAAUAGCCUUUAGGGUUACAUCAGUCAACCAUGAUGACAGAUGGAAUUAAAGGGAAGAGCAUUCAAAUUCUAGAUCAGACUGCAGACAGCAUUAAGUGCUAUAACGUGCUAUCAGAAAUUUCCUAUUUCCCACUUAUGAAGUUGUGAUUACGAGCUUGUCGCAUUCGAGUGCUGCUUUGUCAGAAAGAAUAAAAUGUAGCAAUCCCAUUGGUUGACAAUCAUAUAAACAUUCACCGCACUAGAUAGUCUGCUGACAAUUCUGGAAUUUGCUCAAAUACAUGCUUAUUUCACUGUUUAUAAUGCGACACACAAUAUGCUUCAAAUGAUCUUUCAUAUAUAGCCUAUAAAUACAUUACUUUAGCGACUAGACAAAGUGAUGUAGUUCUGAGAAUAUCGUUGACGGCAGCAAUGGUUGUCCCCUCCAACAUGUUUAAAGUUUAUGGCCUGCCCAACUCGGAAACUCUGGUAUCGAAAUUAUUUCAGAGUUUCCCAGUAGUAAAUAAGACUUGAGAGGCGUUCACGUCCAAUUUCCAAUUAGGAAACUCAUAUUUAUGAUAAUUCCGAUAGCACGUGAAGGCAGCAUAAGUUCCAACCCUACUCCAACACACCUGUCUGUAAUUAUCAAGUGCUCAAGAUUAUCUCAAUUAUCAAGAUCUGAAUUAGCUGGUUCAGGUGUGUUAGAUCAGGGUCGGAGCUGAAAGUUGAUCUCCAGGAACAGGUUUGGGCACGCCCACAGGUGCAAGAUGAGUCAUCAGUAUUGGUUGGUUUUCUCAAUAGAGAAAGUACAUUUUAAAUGUGUAUAUCUUCAAAAAGUUCAAUGUUUAGGAGUACAAAACCACUUGUCGUGGACAAAAUGUCUCAAAACUGUCAUUUAUAUGUCAUGGGGUCUUUAAUAAUGGAACUCAAGGGACUAGAGAUGUCUUCAACUUAGUGAUUGAUGCGUGUUCCAGUUCUGCAGAAAUCCGGAGUUUUCCGUAAGUGCAGAUUCUGUAUGGGCCUGUGAGACCGAGAGGAACUAUGAAAGGUCCUCUUUCCAGACACCCGUCUCUUGUCCCUCUCCACAUAGGUGCCACUGCACCGGCCUGCACUCCUGUGAUCUGACAGUCUGUCACCUUGCUGUCAACCCAAUCCUCAGCUGGGGCUUGGCACCAGAGAGUCCGAGUCGUGACCUCUGAUCACGAGCCAUCCCCCUAUGUAGCACAAGAACUUCGCUUUCAGAGCCACAUGUUGACUUGAUGUCCAGAUAGGAGGAUAGAUAUAAUAAAAAGGGAGAGAGCGAUAUGAACAAGUCAUUCACUGCUGUCAAAACAACAUGAAGUAUCAGCCCUGGGCAAAGCACCCCACCUGCUCGGCCACACCGCGUCUGACAGGCUAAGAGAGCCCCUGGAGUUAAAUGACAUGUUUUAUUGGGAUCCCUCAGUCACUGAGCGAUCAACACCUUCCUGUAACACGGAAGCAUUUUAACACCACCACAGCCACCGAACAAGGGACCAUCCUGACAGAGCUUACUUACACCCUUUUCCAUCGAAAUGGUGCUUGUGUUAAAAGGAUGUGUGAACGUCUUUUACAACUGGCCCACAUUUCCACUGACUUGAGAGCUGAACGAUAAUGCACCUGGCUGUUACUACGUAACCUGUCUACAAACAAACAGUGCUUCUACGUUUUUUAAGGUGCAGUUACAUUUACCUUUGCAAAAUUUCACAGGCAAAAUCCAAUCGUUUCAAUAGGAAUUUUGCACUCGAAUUUACAGUGUUGACCAACAGAAUAGUGCAUGCUUUGAAAGUGACUUCUGUGUGAAGGGUACUUUGUGCAUCACUACACUAUUGACUUUGGACAAUAGAUCUUUUUUUAUGGUGGACCUUUUUAUCAUGCACCCCCUCUGGGUUAACCAUAGAUAUGCAGGAAAUUGGUGGAAAUGUUUUUAAUGUUACCACACAUUUUGAGAGCGUAUUUUACCAUCCAUAAAUUCAAUAUCUUUAUCAUGAGUUGGCUAUGAUAUAAAGGAAGUAAUUUUAAAUAUUUGAAAUCUAUUAGGUAUUUGUUUCAUGAUAUUAAAUUUAUAACAAAAAAAAUUUCAUCAUUUCAUACACACAACAUUUGUAAAUUAAAGCAAUAAUCCAAGAGACCGUGCAUUACAUGAAGCAGAAUGUCUAAAACUCCUUUAACCAUGGUAAAAUUACUGUAAAGGACAGGGUUCAGUGAUUACUGUGGAAAAUGAUAGCAACAGCAAUAUGAUUAAAGAUACAAAUGUAUAAUAAUUAGUUCAGACUAAACAUUUCUUAUGCUAAAUAAUAUAGUUAAAACCAAUGCAAUAAUCUGAGUGCAAGAGUAUCAGCAUUUUACAACAAAGUUGGAACUAUCGGUUUUAUUAAAAUCAUUUUGUUCAGAUUGACCGGUAAAUUACAAUUAUUAUAGGCUGUUAAGUGUGACAUUUCACUGUUUUUGGUUUGAGAUUUAAGCAGCAGUUGUGGAGCCCUGAACCAGCUUUUUUGUCAGAAGGAAAUGUGUGGAUUGGGCCAGAUUGGCCACCAGCACCAUGUCGGUGGAAAAGGGGUAACUGUCAUAAACAGAGAGGGAACAGGCACAGAGCUGUUAAACCGACAUCUACACACUAAUAAUGUAGUAUUAUUUGGUCUCUUGGAGUGUGUCUGUGCUAGAAACAGCACCUGUACCGUAGUUUUGAGAAUAUGUUAGACUGUGACAUGAGCCCAGUGGGGAGGUUCAUGUUGUUAACUGUUAACCAGCUGUCUGUCAGUCUUUAACAAUGGCUCGGUCAGGCAGGGUUACACCAGAACACAGAGCUCUGGGUAAUACAGACUCCCAAAACAGUGUUCCUACUCUGAUCACAAAACACUAACAUGCGAGUCAUGCCUGAGCUGUGUAGUUUUUUUGUACUCUGUACAGAAGGGCAUUUUUACAUGUUUAAGUUGGACCAAUCUGAAGCAAGUUGUGGUUUGUUUUAUAGCUUCUUUUAGGCAUGCCUUUGACUGUAUGUUUGCAUAUUAAAUAUGACCCAGAGGGGCCGCGUGGGCCAGCGUUCAGCAGAUGAGUGGGUGUAAACCGGUCUUCUAGAAGAAUCACCGCCUUAUCAUACAAGCAAGUUUCUUUAAAAAACACCCAGUGAUUUAACUCAGCAUUGUGUUCAUUUCCUGUCAGGGUUUGUUGGGUUUUGAGAAAGGGGGCAGGGUCAGAAUCACCCUAGAAUGUAUUAGGCCUUCUUGAGUUGGACUAUCAUAACUACAUCUUUGUGUGAUCGCGCAGUAUUAGACAUUGUAUAAGAUGAGAACUGAACAUGGGAGAAACAAUUAGUAGUCAUCAAAGGCCAGGGUGAUGGUUAUGUCAUUGAGGUUAUGUAUCAUGUAACUUUUUUUUUUCUUCCCUUCUGAACUCAUUGUUUUAUUUGAACAGCUUUUUGAUUAAAUUAUGAUGCUUGAGUCCCGUGUAACAGGAGGGUUGAUGUGAUUUACUGUUUUUAUUGAAGAAUGAUAUGUGUUUUAUUUCUCACCGUCAUUGCUUUGACAGCUGUUUGGGCCAAAGGGGAUGGUUUUAUGUAAGCGUUUGCGUCAUUGCAGGUCAGUACGACCCUGUAUCAGCACAUAUUAAUAAAAAAUUACUAAAACCGAA